AUUAGCAUGCUGUAAGAGCUGAAAGGCUUCAUUCACUCUGCACAGCCAAAUUAUUUUCAUAUAGACAGAAAUGUUUCUACAAAUGCUUCGCCUGUGAUAAGGAGGAAACACACAGUCGCUGGCAGUUAGAAAUGGAUCACUCGGGAGAUUCACAGAACCUGAAAACCUUUGCCUGUUCGAUCUGUCUGGAUCUACCAAAGGAUCCGGUGACUAUUCCAUGUGGACACAACUACUGUAUGGACUGCAUUAAAACCCGCUGGGAUGAAGAGGAAGAAGGGAAGAGUUGCCAUUCUUGUCAGCAGACCUUCACACAGAGACCUGUCCUGGAGAAGAACACCAUGUUAGCAGCUUUAUUAGAACUGCUAAAGAAGACUGGGCUCCAAGCUGCUUCUGCUAAUCACUGCUAUGCUGGACCUGAAGAUGUGGCCUGUGAUUUCUGCACUGGAAGAAAACUGAAAGCCAUCAAGUCCUGUUUAGUCUGUCUGGCUUCUUAUUGUGAGAAACACCUUCAGCCUCAUUAUGAUUCAGCCACAUUUAAGAAACACAAGCUGGUGGAGCCCUCCAAGAACCUCCAGGAGAACAUCUUCUGCACUGAUCAGAAGUGUAUCUGCAGUCUCAAUUUAAUGGAUGAACAUAAAAGCCAAGAGACAGUCCCAUCUGCUGCUAAAAUGAACAGAAGGCAGAGAGAGCUGGAGGAGAUAGGGGGAAAAAUCCAGAGGAGAAUCCAGGACAGAGAGAAAGAUGUGAAGCUGCUUCAACAGGAGGUGGAGGCCAUCAAUCACUCUGCUGAUAAAACAGUGGAGGACAGUGAGAAGAUCUUCACUGAGCUGAUCCGUCUCAUCCAGAAAAGAAGCUCUGAUGUGAAGCAGCAGAUCAGAUCCCAGCAGGAAACUGAAGUGAGUCGAGUCAAAGAGCUUCAGGAGAAGCUGGAACAGGAGAUCACUGAGCUGAAGAAGAAAGAAGCUGAGCUGAAGCAGCUCUUAAACACAGAGGAUCACAACCAGUUUCUCCACAGCUACCCCUCACUGUCAGCACUCAGUGAGUCUACACACUCAUCCAGCAUCAAUAUCCGUCCUCUGAGACACUUUGAGGAUGUGACAGCAGCUGUGUCAGAGGUCAGAGAUAAACUGCAGGACAUUAUGAGAGACACAUGGACAAACAUCUGUCUAACAGUUACUGAAGUAGAGGUUUUACUGUCAGAACCAGAACCAAAGAGCAGAGCUGGAUUUUUGAAAUAUUCCUGUGAAAUAACAUUGGAUCCAGAUACAGCACACACAUAUCUAUUUUUAUCAGAAGGAAACAGGAAAGUAACUGCCUUGGAUCAGCACCAGACCUAUCCCAGUCACCCAGAUAGAUUCUCCUCAUGGUGGCAGGUCCUGAGUAAAGAGAGUUUGGCUGGCCGUUGUUACUGGGAGGUGGAGUGGAAAGGGAGAGGAGUCUAUAUAGCUGUUGCAUCUAAGAAAAUCAGCAGAGCAGGCUAUGAGUGUGGAUUUGGUCGUAACGACAAAUCCUGGGCAUUAAAUUGUCACCAAAACAGUUACACCUUUUGGUUUAACAACACAGCCACCCCGAUCUCAGUUCCUCAGUCUUCCAGGAUAGGAGUGUACCUGGAUCACUCAGCAGGUAUUCUGUCUUUCUACAGCGUCUCUGAAACCAUGACUCUCCUCCACAGAGUCCAGACCACAUUCACUCAGCCGCUACAUGCUGGAGUUUGGCUCUACAUAUGUGGAAACUCUGCAGAGCUUUGUAGACUUUAAUAAAUCUUUGUUUUAUAUUACUACUUGCUGUUCAUAAUCAGGGCAAUUUGAAAACUUUUAAGUUACAGCUAAUUAAUUCCAUAUGAAAAAGAGUAGGGGCAUAGUGGUAUGAGAUGAGUGCCUUUCUAUCCUAUAGAGGCCUUAAAGCUGGGCGUACACUGUGCGUUUUUUUUCAGUCGUUGCACGCAGCUGCUGUUGACACUGUAUGACUAACCGCAGGGUUUCGUUGUACAGUGUGAGUUCACAGCUUAUGAUUUAUGUUUGGCCCAAUGCUCUGAUGCGGUCUACCUGCUCACACUUAACGACUAACAUCACGUCUGACUCAGGUCUGCAGUGAGAUAGAGCUGCUCUCUAGCUCUCUAUCCUGAAGCCAAACAAAUAGUAGGGGAAUAUUAAGCUCACUAUAGUGAAACACGCUGCCUUGGUAAUUUGUGAAAUUUUGUGCUGAAAGCCCUAAAAAGAAAAGGCGACGACGUAGUUGGAAAAAAGACAUGUCUGAGCACACAUGGCUACUACGGUCUGUCAAUUUUACAGACAGAACUCCAUUUCAUUCAUUGCAUCCCUGCCAUGCUGCUGUGUUUACAACUGAGAGGAAGAAUAAAAAGAAGAAUCCUUCUUUGCGCCCUGAGCGAUUAGCCCAUGACGACCGCACGUGAGAGGCUGAUCGCCCCUCGUUACCCCCUGUACACUGAACGACUCUCAAUGCACAAUCAGGCUGAAAGUCGGCCGGAUUGAAAGAUUCUCGCACGACUGGAAAAUCGCCCCGAAAAUCACACAGUGUAAGCCGGGCUUAAGACUGCAGUUUUAAGACCCCUUGUCACAGAAUGCUCCCUGAGGGCUACUCAUUGUCCCCUACUGGAUGGAUUUAACACAGAUGACACAUUUCCGCAUUGUGGAACUUUAAACUAUCUUUUUAUUUUCAUUUUUUAGAUGAGAUAAAUUGUUUUCGAACUGGUUGUUCUAUUUAACUGAUGUUUUCAUGAACUGAAUAAAGGUGUGGUUUGAAUGAACUAGAUGAUAUAUAAUUUGCCAAAUUAACUAUAGCAGCGAAAAGAUGUGUAACAUUGCUCAAUAAAGAUGUAAAGAUUU